UUUCCUAACGCUAUUAUUCCAGUAGCGUGCGCAGGUGAGCCAAGGCCAGUGGAAGCCUCCGAACAACAUAUCACCUAAUCCAAUAAUACACUCCAAUGUUAGGUCAGGAGUAGUACUUUUCUUUAACAAUGAUUCUAUGGAGAAACAGUUGGUGGUGCUGGUCCACCGCCCUACUAUUCUCAUCACCUUCAGUCUGGUUAGCUCCAAUCUUCUCUGCUUGCCUCUGUUGCAGUCUUGCAGAGCACCAAAAGGAAAAGCUUCAAGCCAAGGCCGGCGUCAUGGACCCUGGCUCCGACAUCAUCGAGUACGAGAGGCCCGGCGUCGUGCGCGUGUACAAGAGCGGCCGCGUCGAGCGCUUCGACGGCACCGACACCAACACCGUCCCGCCCUGCCCCUCCGGGGACCCCGCCAAUGGCGUCGCCUCCAAGGACGUCGUCCUCAACGCGUCCGCCAACAUCUCCGCUCGCCUGUACAGUCCGGCCGCGGAGCCUGGCAAGAAGCUCCCCGUCGUCGUUUACUUCCACGGCGGCGGUUUCCUUGUCCAAACCCCGGCCUCCCCGUUCUACCACGCCUACACCGCGUCGCUCGCCGCCGCGGCGCCGGCCGUCGUGGUCUCCGUCAACUACCGCCUCGCUCCCGAGCACCGCCUCCCCGCCGCCUACGACGACGCCUACGCCGCGCUUAAGGCGGUCCUCGCCUCGUGCCGCCCGGACGGCGCCGAGCCGUGGCUCGCGGCGCACGGCGACGCCUCCCGCGUCGUCCUCGCCGGCGACAGCGCCGGCGGCAACAUCGCGCACAACACGGCCAUAAGGCUGCGGAAGGAAUGCAUCGAGGGCUACGGCGACGGUGUCAGCGGCGUCGCGCUCCUGCACUCCUACUUCUGGGGGACAGAGCAGGUGGGCCGGGAGCCCACGGAUGCCGCCUACCGCGGCGAGUUUGAGCGCUUGUGGGACGUCGCCUGUGGCAGCCAGUUCGGCCCCGACCACCCUUACAUCAACCCAGCGACGUCACCCGGGGAGUGGAGCCAGCUCGGGUGCGGCCACGUGCUGGUCACCACGGCGGAGCUCUGCUGGUUCGUGAACAGGGCGCGCGCGUACGCGGAGGGGAUCAAGGCGUGCGGGUGGGACGGAGUGGUCGAGUUCCACGAGACCAAGGGCGAGGAGCAUGUCUACUUCUUGUUUAAGUCCGGCUGCGACAAUGCCGUCAAGGAGCUCGCCGUCGUGGCCGACUUCGUCGGGCGCUGUUGAGGUUGCUUGGCUUUUCUGCUCGCCCGAUGAAUGAUUCACCAGUAUUUUCUUUUUAAAGAAACAGAGUGAUUCAUCAGUAAUAAAGGAUAACAUGAUUGGCGAGCCGAUCAACCGGCCAAAAUUUCAUCGUGAGAUCCAGGCAAUCCAAAGUUGCAAUAUCAAAUUCAUAAA